AUGAGUAGCCCAGGGCAGGAGAUCUGCGUUCAAGGUGCUAAGGAAAAAUGUCCCGGCCGGCAGCAAAGGUUAAGGGGAUUGGGAGGGGGUGGCGCGCGCCUCCAGCCUGCCCCUAAAGGCAGUCCGGGGGACAGCAGGCUGGAGGCGCGCCGGCGUGAUUCUGACCGCGGGAGCCGGGAGGAGGAGCCGGAGACAUUCCCCUUUUCUGACAUUAAAGCUACGAGUCAUCAAGCUGACCCCCUCUCAUCCCUUGGCCUGAAGAAGAGGGUGUCUCAGGGCCCAGGGAUAAGCGGGAAUGGACCGGAGGGAGCCACAAGUCUGCACCCAGGCGGGGAGGAGGCGGGCAGGAGCGGCUCCGCAGGCGCAGGGCUCAGGGGUGGAGGCGGACGGCAGGGGACUGCAGAACCGUCCCCAGAGCGGGACGCGAACCGGCAGACUCGGAAGAAGGUAAACAAGGGCCACGCCCCCUGCCGUCGCCCCGCGGGCGCGCACCCGCCGCUCCGGCCGCCGCCGGUACAUUUCCACUCCCAGCGCUUCUCCCCCGCUGGACUCCCGCGCAGCCCUGGAGGGGGGGGCUGCCCCCGACCCCCAGCCCGCGCCCCCCGCGCUGGGGCUGCGCACCCUCCAUACUCACCUGGAAAGGGUAUCCCCCGCCCCUCCAAAAAACUGUGCUUAAUUUGUGCAGAGCCUCCGCGUCCGGGAGCUGAGCAUGCUGCCCCCGCGUGCAGAGCCCGCGUGCACCCAGCCCGGAGAGGGGGCGACAGGGCGGAGGCGGUGGCCCCCGGAAGGUGUCUGGGACCGGACCGGCUGCACGUGAGCCCAGCGCAGGGUCAUGUGCACCGGCUCAGCCCGGUUCGGCGCCCGGACGUGCUGCGUAUCAACAAAAUAAACUCGGGGAGACAGGAGGGCAGAUAG